AUGACCGCCGCGACUGAGCAGGUCGAGCACGGCAGCGGCCCGCCAGCAGAAAAGCCCUUCACCGAGGCAGAGAUCGCAUCCGUCAUCGACGCAGUCCGCGAGGUUUCGUCGGCCGCAACCCCCAGCGCCUGCGCAGACGAAGACGCCGCCGCUGAUUAUUGGGAUGCGUCUACCAUGGGCCAGCUGAACGAAGCAUCACUGGUCACCCGGCUGCGGUCCUACCGGCCGCCGGCCUUCCCGCUCUGGGACAGGCUACCGGUGAGCCGGCGGGCCGCCGUGCUGAUACUGCUCUACGCGGACCGCCUCGGGGACCUGCGCGUGGUCAUCACCAUGCGCUCGGCCACGCUGCGCAGCUUUUCCGGGCAAGCGGCGUUCCCCGGAGGGAAAGCCGACACCAUAGAGGAGACUCCUUACCAGGUCGCCCGGCGCGAGGCGUGGGAGGAGAUCGGCCUCCCCAUGGACGACGCCAAGAUCCCGGCGCCCUUCACCAUCGAGCAGCUGUGCCACCUCCCGCACAGCCUGGCCCGGACGGGGCUGGUGGUCCGGCCGUGCGUGGCCUUUCUGCACGCCACCGCCUCCGCCUCCGCCGCCGCCGGGGGCGAGGUGCCGACGGCCGACGAGUCGCUGAUGCCGCGCCUGGACGCCAAGGAGGUGGCGGCCGUCUUCAGCGCGCCCUUUCACAACUUCCUCCUCGCCGCCGACGAGGAGGACUCCCCGGCAGCCGCGCGCGCGCUGCCGCCGGGCCGCUGGUACGAGGGCAAGUGGACCGAGUACAACGGCCACCGCUGGCGGCUGCACUACUUCUUCGUGCCCGUGGGCCGGCAGCGCGUGACGCGGCCGCGGCCGCGCGAGGACGGGCAGGCGGCGCUGGGGGACGAGCCCGACGGCGACGACGCGGCCGAGGCGCGGUUCAAGGUCUGGGGCAUGACGGGCCGCAUGCUCGUCGACGCGGCCAGGAUCGCCUACGCCGAGGAGCCCGAGUUUGAGCACAACGAGCAGUUUGGCGACGAGCCCAUGAUCGAGGAGCUGGCGUCGCAGAUUGUCGAGAACAAGCUGUGA